UCUGAUUGGCUUCUCGCGGGUUACGCCCUUGGGCGGUGACGUCACGUUGGACUCUGGCUCGGCGUGCGGUGCCUUGGCUUCAGUCAGCGGGCAGAACGUGGCCUGCUGUCAGCUGCUGGGGUCCCGAGUGCCGGAGGGGGAGACACAGCUGGCAGGUGCAUGGAGCUGCGGAGCCCAGGACUCCCCAUGGAGGGAGUGCCCGCCCUGACGGGGGACAACGACGAGUACGAGAGCUUGCCGGAAGGAGCGUCUCCUGUCAUCCACAUGCUGGCGGGAGCGGUGGCCGGAGUGCUGGAGCACACCGUCAUGUACCCCGUGGACUCGGUCAAGACUCGAAUGCAAAGCUUGCAGCCUAAUCCAAAUGCCAAAUACAAGGGUGUUGGUGAGGCUCUUAAAAGGAUGAUCCGAACAGAGGGAUUGUUAACGCCCUUGCGGGGUAUCAAUGUGACCGUGCUGGGUGCCGGCCCAGCCCAUGCUUUGUAUUUUGCUUGCUACGAGAAGAUGAAAACUUCCAUAGGAAGCAUGAUCAACCAUGCUGGCAACAGCCAUGUGGCUAACGGGGUAGCUGGAAGUCUGGCAACACUUCUCCAUGAUGCAGUCAUGAAUCCAGCAGAAGUGGUAAAGCAAAGAAUGCAAAUGUACAACUCUCCUUAUCGAAACAUGCUGGACUGCAUUCGGACUGUUGGCAGAACCGAGGGAGUAGGAGCUUUCUAUCGCAGCUACACCACUCAGCUCACUAUGAACAUUCCUUUCCAAGCCAUUCACUUCAUCACCUAUGAGUUCACUCAGGAAAGUCUCAACCCCCAACGACAGUAUCACCCAGGCACGCAUAUAGUAUCUGGUGCAAUUGCUGGGGCAGUGGCAGCUGCGGCUACAACGCCACUGGAUGUGUGCAAAACCCUGUUGAACACACAGGAAAACAUGGCUCUUAGCUCUGUGAAUGUGAGUGGACAGCUCUCCGGCAUGGUCAACGCAUUUCGGACAGUAUACCAACUAGGAGGAGUAGCGGGAUAUUUUAAAGGAAUGCAGGCACGAAUCAUAUACCAGAUGCCUUCCACUGCCAUUGCUUGGUCUGUGUAUGAAUUCUUUAAGUAUUUUCUCACCAAACGCAACAUGUAGGAGGUAUAUGAAUUGUACGUCUGACAUUUUCCACAAGUGUUGAAGAUGCCAUGCACUGGAGUGCAUAGAGAUGACUAUCGUGGCCAGGAUACAGAUGUACCCAAACUCAUAAUCCAUUCAUGCUCACAAUUCAGAAGCAUGUGAAACUUGCUGCUGCUGUCAGUUAGUUACUCCCAUUUUGUGAGUCCAAUAGCGGCAGAAUUGGUCAUCAUUCCUUACUGAUUGGGCAACAAUGUCCUUUAUUCCAAAAAAAUGGAAAAUGCAGCUAACAGACUAGAUCAAUGAUCCUUGUUUUGUUUUAGGGUUGAGAUGCUAAAGCUAGGCUGCUUCUGCCAAAUGCUUCCAAAAUUAAAGCUGCAGUUAGUUUUUUUUUUUUUUUUUUUUCUAGAAACCAAUUUUGUAUCUUCUAAAUAAGGUACUGUAAGUUGUAUUGAGACCAGCAAUGCUGAGCUUUGUAGUGGUUUUGCUGUAACAGCAUAAACAAAUAUAUAUAUAAUAUGCACACACUUAGAGGUUUGCCUGUGGUACAGCACAAUCACAGUUGCUUCUUCUGAUAGAUUUUAUUUACCUCUAUUUAAUAUUUUAAGAUAUUUCAAAGAUCAAUACUGCACAAUGUCAUAUAUUUUCGUGUUAAGUAUAUCAUUGAAUUAAUAAUUUUAUAUUCUAUUGUAUUAUGUGAUCAUGGGUCCAAUACUUUGCAGAGACACCAUGUUAAAAAAAAUAAGUAUAGGUUUUAAGCCAUUUCCUGUAGGAAACACAUAAAACAAAUAAUAGGGGUGUUUAAGAAUUUUGUAUUUAUGUUCUAUUUUUUGCUGGAAAAUUUUGUUUUUAUUACUACCGUGAGAUUUUAUUUUAACCCACUUUGUGUAAAGUAAACACUGCUCACGACAAGGCACUAUAGUCUUCACAGCCACCAAUUAAUGUGGCAUGUCUUCUCUUUAUUGUAGGAUAAGUAUGUUAUACUUCUCUUUGAGAAUUGCAUUAGCAUGAAUAUUCCUUGUGUUUAAAGGGACACUCCAUUGCCCAAAUAAAGACUGUUUAGUAAACAUACCCCUGAUGUAUGCCGUUCUGAGUUCAGUGCAAAUAAGCUAACCAAACCAGGAAGUAACAGGACAUGUUGGUUACAUGCUUGAAAAGCCAAGGGGGUGUAUCCAGGUUAAUUUAUAAAAAAAAAAAUAAAUAAAUAAAAAAGUGUGCCUCACUCUUAACGAAUAAAGCUUUUCAGCAAGCUUGACAUGCCUUAGGUUCUGGAGUGUCCCUUUUUAAAAUUUACUUUUAGUGAGGGUUAGGUGCAAAACACCAGUCUAUAGGCAAUACUUGAAUUUUAGCUCAGGUAUCUGUUCCAUUCUUUAUAUAACAAAAAAAUAUGCUGCCAAGUGCUUGAUUACAUGUCACUUAAAGGUCACUCACCAAUUAACUCAAAACCAUUUUUAAAUCGAAUCCUUCCAUCAAGUUUUGAAAAGAAAUAGAUUUUUCUAAAAACAAAAAACAAAGUUGUUUUCUCUUUACUAACUUUGCACUAUAUUUGGUCUUUAUUUAAAAAGAGCCAAAUAGAUCAAUGGGCAUCAUCACAUUGUGAUGCUUAACAAAGCAUUUGGUUAGCCUUAAUGUAUGUGCACACAUUAAUGGGGAAAAAAAGUACACCCUCUUUGAAUUCUAUGAUUUUACAUAUCAGGACAUAAUCCUCUGUUCCUUAGCAGGUCUUAAAAUUGGGUAAAUACAAUCUCAGAUGAACAUCAUAUGACAAUUGCACCAUGUAAUACGUUGGUAAACAAAAAUGGAGACGCCAUUUGUGAAAAACUAAGUAAACCUUAUGAUUCACUAGCUUGUAGAACCACCUCUCAGCAGUGAAGUUGAAGUAAUGUUUUCUGUCUGACUUUAGCAGCCUCUCACCUCAAUGUGGAGGAAUUUUGACCCAACUCUUCUUUACAGUGUUGCUUCAGUUCAUUGAGGUUUGCUGGCAUUUGUUU